AUGUCUGGCUCGAUGGGUAAAUGGAAACUGCGAAAUAUGGGACCUAGUUACGACCUAGCAUCUACUAGCCCAGAACCAAUACCUACUUUGAAUGUGGUUUCAAGGUCUGAACUAAAUUUAAGGGCCCCGUAUAUGCGAACGGGCGGUCGGUCUCCAUACUUUCAUGCUCAGAGAGACAAAGCUCGGGCUAGUAGUGAAGACGAUUCAGGUCGGGCGUACAGUGAUGAUGGGGGAAGGCAUAAUGCACAUGUUUUAUCAAACAUUGGUGUUGACUAUAUGCGUAUCAAUGGCGCUAUUGGAACAUUCAGACAGCUGCAGAAACCCACGUCUAUGCAGUCUUUGCCUACCUCGUCCAAGUUCAGCUACACAGAGGAGUCAGGACAGGCUCUCGUCGUAGGCUCGGAUUUUCAAAAAUUGACCGAUGAACGUUUAUUUCAACAGAAGCCUCGUCAGAAGCCAAGUGUAGGAUACCGGUUAGGGAAGCGACGCUCUUUGUAUCAAAAGCGGAAGCAGAUAUCAGACUAUUGCCUUGUGUUUGGGAUGAUUGGAAUCGGUGUCAUGGUGCUUGAAACAGAACUUAGCAUGGCUGGCAUUUUCUCGAAG